AUGAAAAAUGUUUAUUCGGCAGCACGGAAUGUGAGUACGCGGUAAUAAAAAUUAAACUUAUUGAAAAUAUAAAAAAAACGAGAAUCUUUAUUUCGAAGUUCAAUGUUCUUUUAAUAGGAAAAAAACGAAAAUAAUUGAACUGGAGUUUUUUCUUCAGUAGAACUGACAAGCGAAUCUGAAAAAAAAAGGAUUCAGAUAAGGGUUUUUUUAUAAUUCAAAAUUUUUGUUCAAACUGAUGGGUGAAGAUGAAAAAACUUAUUUAUAAAAUUAGGUUCUGAAAAAAAAUCAGUAUAAUCAGUACAGACAUAAUCGAACCGUAAAGGAGCUUAAGAAUAGUUUUUUUUUAGUUAUCAUGGAGCGCAUUAUUUUUUAAGAUAAUUAUGAAAAAAGCGAGAGAAAUUCCGUCACGAAGAGAGAAUUUUUAGGCUUGGGAAGCGAUGGAACCGCCGCCUCGGGUGAAUCCUCGAGGAGUUUUCGUCAACAACGACCUGGACUUGAGCACCGUCGAUGUGAGUCAGGAUUGAACGAAGGAGAACUUCAAGUUUAAACAGGUCUAUGGCUUCGAUUAUGAUUACACAUUAGCAGUGUAUGCACGCGGGCUCAACGAUCUAAUAUACCGACUGGCGUUGACCAGGCUCGUCGAGCAGUUCAAGGUCAGAAACACUCACCAAUAAGUUCUCAACGAAAGAUUCUCAGUACCCAGAAGACAUGCUGGUGAUGGACUACGACAGCACUUUCGCCAUCCGAGGUCUACACUUCGACGUUCAGACGUGCUGUCUACUCAAAGUCGACGCUUUUUCACAGAUUCAAAGAGGUUUCAGAAUGACUUAUGAACGGUGAAAAACAGAAACCGUUCAGGAACAGUACAUCGAGGACGGCGAAAACUGAGCGACGAAGAAACUGUCAAACUCUAUCCGGGUUAUGGGUUGCCUGAUGUCAAAGGUAGUCAUUUUGAAUUUAAAUACCUGAAUAUUCCGAUUGCCUUUCAAAAAACCUUGUCCGUCUAAAGGUUAAAAUGUCAGACUCAAAGAAAGUAAAGCAAUUUAGUGAGCAUUUUGAAAAACAACUCAUUUUUCAGGUCGUGACUUACCGCAAUUAAUCGACUUCUUUUCGCUUCCAUGGGCAGGACUUCUAGCUAACGUUAUUCACUACUGUGAUGAACACAACAUCGAUUUCGACCCGAAAUGUCUUUUCGAGGAUUUGGGAGUAAGCUAAACUUUCAAUUUAAAAAAAAAAAUGAAAGAAAAGAAGAAAGAAAGAAAAAAAUUUAUAUGUAUACAUGAAACAUUUGACGAUGGAAAAUGAAAAGUAUUUUCUUAAUUUUGAACAGGAGUGCGUGCGGCAAGUCCACGUUUCUGGAGAAAUGUACGAGAAAGUAACGACGGAGUUGAAACGCUACGUGCAUCCAAAUGACGGACUUCGCGACUACCUGGAACGACUUCACGCCUACGGAAAAACUCUGUUCGUUGUCACCAAUAGUCCCUACAAGUUCAUGUAAGAUCCUAAGCGUUACUUCGGGAAUAACUUCACCCUUUUCAGAGACAAAGGCCUUUCCUACAUGCUUGGUCCUGACUGGCGUCAUUUAUUCGAGUAUGUCGUCGUCUCAGCUAAAAAGCCCGGUUUCUUCUCCGGCAAAGAGCCAUUUAGGUUCGUUGAGAAUCGUAAACCUUUAAGUGAAAAAUCUUAGGUUAUACAACCCAGAUACCGGCGCAAUGAGUUUCAAGAAAGUGAAUUAUCUCGAAGACGGCAAAAUUUAUGCAGGCGUAGGAGUUCAUCUCUGAAAUUUAUAACAAGCGUCCUAGGGAAACAUAGAAGAAUUAUCUCUACGAGCUGGUUUCACCGAUAAAGGCGUUUUGUACUUUGGAGACCACAUCUACACUGAUUUGGCUGAUCCCAUGCUCAGGUAAACUUGAGAAAAAAAAACCAUCCAAGAUUUAUUUUUAAAGACUCGGCUGGCACACUGCGGCCGUGGUUCCAGAACUUGCGCGAGAAAUCAGAAUACAGAACGAGGAUGAUUACAGGUCAUAUAAAAGUGAGUCACAAAGGGUUAUGAUUCGUCUUUCAGAAGAAAUAUUCAAUGGCUUUCCUUGCUAACAGGAAUUAUAGAAAGAUAUCACGUUGAAGCAUCGAGAAGAUCAGACACAAACCAAGUUCUGGAAGAAUGGCAAGAAGAAAGAACGGAUUUGAGGUUUUUUGAAGGACUGAAAAUGAAGGAAAGGUUUUAAUAACAGGAAAAAAGUGAAAGAAAAAUUCAAUCCCCAUUUUGGAUCCCUUUUCCGCACCUACAACAACAUGACGUAUUUUUCUCGUCGCUUGAACAGGUGAGUUAACGACGGAGAAAUUGAAAAUCAAAUCAAUGAUUUGAAGACUCGCCGACAUUUAUACAAGCCGAGUGCCUAACUUGGACGCCUACUCUUUGGACCAUUCAUUUUACCCUCGACGAAACGCUCUUCCUCAUGAAAAUUUACAUUCUGUUCCAGUUAUUAGCGAUCUUACAAUACAUUCAAUCGACGACAAACAAAAACUAUCCCCGAGAGAAGUUGACUCAGAAAAAUCGACGGAUAAGAGUGAUCAUUGAUUUACGUUCAAAAAAUAAGUCCGUAUAGAAUAAAAAUAUCAUUUAAAUUUGAAAAACACGUUUGAAAGAAGGGCAAAAAUUGUCAAAUAUUAUGCCGUGUUCAAAGUGAUUCCGCGAAAUUCAAAAUAGCUGUCAGAGAAAGAGAAAGAUAACUAAAUUUUGGAGGGUCAGAGACCAUUUUGCAUUUCGCGGAAAUUACUUUGAACACGGCAUUACAAACACAUGUCGAAAUCUUUCUGUGGUGGUGCCACACUUGAUUAUCAAAAAAGCGAAUUACAAAGGGAGAUAGGCCUAUAUAGGUACCUACGUGAAAAAAUAAAAAGUUCUGCAAUACGAGAUUUUAAAACUUUUUAAAACAAGAGCAGACAUGUGUGCGCUGUUGAUAAUAUCUAGCAAUCACUAGAGAGGUUUCCUGCCACUUGAGGGUCUUUCGAAGCGGCUCGCUGAAUUUUCCACCGCCUCUCAGGUAAAUUUUCUUUAUAAAGGCGUUUUUUUUAUUACGCAAGGUCAAGACUUCUCGUAAAUUAUGAUGUUUAGGGUGUAAGCACACCGAGACGCACUAUCGCAUACUCAAAAAUUGUUUUUUUCAAUUUUAGAAUUUGCAAUUUUAGGAUAAUAACUUCUGAAAUGUUCGAAAUCUUGUCAGUUUGAAGAUUAUGAUGUGAAAAAAACAUUCACUUGCGUUAAAAAAAUUUAGGAACGAUUUCGGAAGGGGAAAAACUCUAAAUUACUAAUUACAAAAUGAAAACAAAAAAAUAUUAUGAAGGUGAAUCAGCUCUAAUUGAAUAAGCAAUUGUAAAUACGAAAAAAAUAUUGAAAUGAGGAAAAUUCGAGGAGCAAAUGAAAAAAAGAAACAUUUUAUAUACCUUGAAAACCUAGCUUCAGAAAAAAACAAAUAAUGGAUAGGAAGCAGAAAUUUUCAAAAACCUCGUAUGGCGAAAUCUUUGUUUAAAUCCGAAAAAAACCAUGAAACAACUGGAAAAAAAUAUAAUUUAGAUGAUUCAUAUAACAAAAUCUUCAAACUGCAUCAGUAAAUUCAAUUUGGCUCUAAUUUACACGAAACUGGUUUCAAACUACGCCAAAGGAACUGGAUAAUAACUUUUACUCAUAGAAAAAAACGUUAAAAGAAGUAUUAAUAAAGAAAAAAAGCAAAAAAAUGCUUUUUUUCAACUAAUUCUUUUCCGUAAAUCUUGCGAGAGCUUUAAAGGGUGGGUAUUGUAAUCCAAAAAAACGGGUCCUGAACAGAUCAAAACUACUGCUGCCGUACGAUUUACGGCGCCCGCCCCUGGUAUUUUUUUUCUGCAUUUUCUUUCACUGACAAGAACGCCGUGUUUACUUUCACUUAAUUUGUUUGAAACCGACUUCGUAGAACAAAAGAGCUGCAAUCAUUUCAUCAAAAAUUUUGUCUUCCAAAAGUUUGCUUCAUUUUGAAUUCAGAAGUCAAACUUUGCUGAACAUUAAUUUUUUUUAACUUUUGUUUUUCCGACUUUGCUUUGUUACACCUCUGCUCGCUUUUUUCAAAAAUAUUUUCAGCAUCUCAGUAUUUCCAUUUCCCCUGGUGUAAUCAAAUCAAUAUUUCUCCAAAAAUUUGAGCCGUUUGUUAGGAAAGAAAACCACGACUUUUUGAAGUUAUCUUUUUAAGGUAAUGUUACGUGUGGCUUGUGCUCGAGCAGUCAGUGCGUUGCGCCCGUCGACCGUCCGAGCCAUCAGCAACGCCAGCUUCUCUCAACAAAGGCUGAUCGCCCCCGCUUCUUCGAGCCUCUCACACAAGAAUUUCACGCAAUCGCGGCUUUACUCUGCCAAGGUGGGCGAAUGUUUUAGUUUUUGUAAUUCAGAAAUAUUCUGGAUGUUUCCAAUUGAUUAAAUAUCAUAUUUGAAGGCGCCACUCACAAAAAAGACGCUGGAAGAGCGAAUUACACUCGUUCUGAGCCUAUACGACAAAAUUGACCCCAAGAAGUUGAAUUUUGACUCAGAUUUCACUAAGGUGAGAAUUUUUUCAUAAGAAGUUGUUCAAUGAUAUUUUAGGAUCUUGGCCUCGAUUCUUUGGAUCACGUGGAAAUUGUCAUGGCCAUGGAAGAAGAGUUUGGGUGCGUAGUUUUUGCUUUUUCUUUCUCCUUGAAUUAAUUCUUCUUCGAGUUUCUCAUCUAGUUCGUUCUAGUUUCGAAAUUCCUGAUGGUGACGCCGACAAGUUCAAGACGCCUCGCGACAUCUUCCAGUAUAUUGCCGACAAGGAAGACGUGUUCGAAUGA